AUGGUGAGCCAACUAGUAUGGCAGCGGGUUGCCGCCUCUCGCAGGCUGGCCGCACGCCUGUCCCCGCAACGACUUACCCGUGGCCUAGCCACCGAGGCUACCUCGUCGCGUAUGCCGCCCUACCCCAAGAUCGUCCAAAACCUCGAGCAGGUCCGCAAGGUGCUGGGCUCUGAGCGUGCGCUCACCCUCGCCGAGAAAAUCCUGUACGCCCAUUUGGACAACCCGGAGGAGUCGCUACUCUCCGGCACUAACAAUGGCCGUGACAUCCGGGGUAAGGCAAACUUGAAGCUGAAGCCGGAUCGUGUGGCCAUGCAGGAUGCUUCGGCGCAGAUGGCCCUCCUCCAGUUCAUGUCUUGCGGUCUGCCCUCGACUGCGGUCCCUGCCAGCAUUCACUGUGAUCACAUGAUUGUUGGUGAGCGCGGCGCCGAUACUGAUCUGCCGGCCUCGAUUCAGGGUAACGCCGAAGUGUUCGACUUCCUGGAGAGUGCUGCUAAGCGCUAUGGUAUUGAGUUCUGGCCUCCGGGUGCCGGUAUCAUCCACCAGAGUGUGCUGGAGAACUACGCUGCCCCUGGUUUGAUGAUGCUGGGAACCGAUAGCCACACCCCCAAUGCUGGUGGUCUGGGUGCUAUCGCCAUUGGUGUCGGCGGUGCUGAUGCUGUCGAUGCUCUCGUCGAUGCGCCCUGGGAGCUGAAGGCCCCACGCAUCCUGGGUGUUCGUCUUGAGGGCCGGCUGAGCGGCUGGGCCUCGCCCAAGGAUAUCAUCCUGCACCUGGCUGGCAAGCUCACUGUCCGCGGCGGUACUGGUUUCGUCAUUGAGUACCACGGCCCUGGUGUGGAGACCUUGAGCUGCACCGGUAUGGCCACCUGCUGUAAUAUGGGCGCCGAGGUUGGCGCUACUACCUCUCUCUUCCCCUUCUCGCCUAGUAUGGUGCCGUAUCUCGAGGCUACUCACCGUGGCCACGUCGCCAAGGCCGCAGCUGAAAUUGCUUCGUCCGGCCCUGGCAACCUGCUGCGUGCUGAUACCACCGCUGAGUAUGAUCAACUGGUGACUAUCAACCUGUCGGAGCUGGAGCCGCACAUCAACGGCCCCUUCACUCCGGAUUUCUCGGUUCCUCUGUCCAAGUUCGCCGACACUGUCCGCGAGAAGAAGUGGCCCGAGACCUUCGGUGCUGGUCUCAUUGGUAGCUGCACUAACUCCUCGUACGAGGACAUGACCCGCGCCGAGGACCUGGUUAAGCAGGCCUCCGCUGCUGGACUUAAGCCGAAGGCGGACUUCUUCAUCACUCCCGGUAGUGAACAGAUCCGUGCCACGCUCGACCGUGACCAGACUCUGAGCACCUUCUCUGAGGCCGGUGGAAUUGUUCUGGCCAACGCCUGCGGUCCCUGCAUUGGUCAGUGGAAGCGUACCGACGGUGUCCCCAAGGGCGAGGAUAACGCUAUCUUCACCUCCUACAACCGCAACUUCCCCGGCCGAAACGAUGGUAACCGCCGGACCAUGAACUUCCUCGCUUCGCCCGAGCUCGUCACCGCACUCGCAUACUCCGGCAGCACCACCUUCAACCCCAUGACCGAUUCCCUGACCACCCCGAGCGGCGAGACCUUCAAGUUCCAGCCUCCCCAGGGCUUCGACCUACCCAGUGCUGGUUUUGAGGAGGGCAACCCCAACUUCCUCCCCACCGCCGCUGUCCCCGACGCCUCCAGCGAGGUCAUCGUCUCCCCAACCUCGGACCGCCUCGCUCUGCUGGAACCCUUCGCUCCCUUCCCCAAGGGUGACCUGUCCGGCCUGCAGGUGCUGUUCAAGGUCAAGGGCCAAUGCACCACGGACACCAUCUCCGCGGCCGGCCCCUGGCUCAAGUACAAGGGCCACCUGCCCAACAUCUCGGCGAACACGCUGAUUGGCGCCGUCAACGCCGCCACCGGCGAAACGAACGUCGCCUACGACGAGAACGGCGGCAAGCACUCCAUUCCCGAGCUGGCCGAGCAGUGGAAGGAGCGCGGCAUCGAGUGGCUCGUCGUCGCCGAGGACAACUACGGCGAGGGCUCCGCCCGCGAGCACGCUGCCCUGCAGCCGCGUUACCUGGGUGGCCGUGUGAUCGUGUCCAAGAGCUUUGCUCGCAUCCACGAGACCAACCUGAAGAAGCAGGGUGUCGUGCCUCUGACCUUCGCCAACCGUGAGGACUAUGACCGCAUCGACGCCUGCGAUGUUGUCGACACCGUCGGCCUGUACGAUGUCCUGCAGGCGGGUGGCCAAGGCGAGAUCCAGCUGCGUGUCACCAAGAAGAAGACCGGCGAGUCCUUCCUGGUCCCCGUGCAGCACACGCUCAGCAAGGAUCAGUGCGGCUUCAUCCUGGCUGGUAGCGCGCUUAACCUUCUGGCCAAGAAGGCCAACGCUGGUGCGCAAUAG